CAUGGAGUUUUUGAUGGGAAGCGGGAGGGGAGUCGAUUUUAUUUUUUCUCUGUCGUAUUUCACAAAGAGUUGGCUUAUGUGCAUGACUCACGUUUAGGUGGUGCUCCAAAGUGACUGCUCAUCUCCAUGGUGCUACUAUUUACUUACCAAAUGGCGAACUUCGACUCCUAGCCUCCGUGGUCAUCAAGGGGGAGGGGACGUCAUGCCAUUCUCGACGGCGUCGUCGACGUUCAGCCUUGGAGGCUCGAGCAAUACGUCGUCUUCAGCGACUGGGGCCUCGUCGGGCCUGUGCGGUGGGACGGGGCCCAGUCUCUACGAGUUCCUUCUGGAAGCAGAGUUGUCCUCGUACUAUGAUGCGCUGCGGAACGACCUCAAGGUUUCUUCCGUGGGGCAACUCAAAUACGUCGAAGAAGAUGACCUCUCGCACCUUGGCAUGAGUCGCCCCGAACAACGCCGUCUUCGAAAGUAUUUCCACAAGUAUUUUCCGCAGACGUACCUCAGGAAGAUAAAACAGCUCAUCCUGCCGAAGACACGUGACGACGCGGACCAAUCGUCUGUGCUCCUGUUGGAUUCAAGUAGUGAGCAGAGAGGGGGUGGCACGGUGAAGGUGCCCAGCAAACACAUCAUCCCUGCGGACAGCAUCAUCAUCAACAAGGAGCUUGGUGUCGGAGAGUUUGGAGUGGUCCAGCAGGGCGUGUGGACCAACGAGGAGGGAGAUCGGAUCCAAGUAGCAAUCAAGUGCCUGAGCAAGGAACAGAUGCAGAACAACCCCAUGGAAUUCCUCAAAGAAGCAGCUAUCAUGCACACCAUUGACCACGAACAUAUUGUUCGCCUAUAUGGGGUCGUCUUGGACAGCAUAUCCCUCAUGCUCGUGACGGAACUCGCUCCGCUGCGGUCUCUCCUGGAGUGUCUCAAGGAAACGGUGCUGAGGCCCAGCUUUCCCGUCAUGGCCUUGUGCGACUUUGCGGUGCAAAUAUGCGACGGGAUGCAGUACCUGGAGAGCAAGCGUCUCAUUCAUCGGGACCUUGCUGCACGAAAUAUACUCGUAUUUGCCAAGAAUAAGGUUAAAAUAAGCGACUUUGGCCUUUCUCGAGCCCUCGGUGUGGGGAAGGACUAUUACCAGACGAACUUCAAUGUGAAUCUCAAGCUGCCUAUUGCUUGGUGUGCACCGGAAUGUAUCAAUUACUUGCGAUUUACGUCAGCCUCGGAUGUGUGGGCGUACGGUGUCACGUUGUGGGAGAUGUUCAGUUAUGGGUUCCAGCCCUGGGCAGCUCUGACUGGCCAACAGAUCUUGGAAGCCAUAGAUGAGCCAAAUCUUCAGCGCCUGGAACAGCCAGAAUGCUGUCCAAAGGAGUACUACGCGCUCAUGCUGAAAUGUUGGCAGCACGAUCCUAACAAGAGGCCAAAGUUUUCUGAGAUUCUCCAAGUGCUUCCGGAGUGCAAGCCAGAGCAGGUGCAGGCUGCUACCGAUUGCUUGGAUGAGUCUUCGGGUGGAUCGCUGAAGCUGAAGAAGGAUGCUCUGAUCUAUCGAACUGGAGAUGUCAUAACGGUCCUUCAUAAAAGGGUGGACAAUUCUGCGCUCUGGAAAGGAGUAACAAGCUCGGGCAAGACGGGCCUGUUUAAUCCAGCGACAACCAUUGCCUACUUUGGCCAAAACCCGCCUGCCAACAACACCCACUUCACUCGGUGGGACGGGAAGAGUGGGGGCGCCUACGCGAGCCGCAGACGUCUUCGUCCCGACAUGAUUUCCAGGCCCCAGGGCGACCUGAAGCACACCAGCCACGUGGGCUUGGACGGAGCAUUCUUCGGCGACGUGUCGUUUCUCGGGGACAAGUACACCCAGUUGCCAAAGCAGGUAGUCACCCCGUACAAGCCUCAGGAGGACAAAGACUCGUCAGAUUCUUCGGAUAUGACUCCGCUGUUGAACGGAUCAAGCUCCACGGUGGAUGGCAAGAGUGGUCCCGCACUAGAAGCCUGGUCUGACAGCAGUAGCGAAAAAGAUCUUGCACGCGACUUCAUAGUGGAGAAAGACGUUCACAGCAAGAAGAACGGCAGGACCGAGAGCCCCAAGAUGGGACAGAAAACAGACCACGAAUAUCACGAGAUCAGUGAUGAGGAACAGGGUGGACCCAUAGACAGUCCAAAGUUUGAGUCAUUUGACCUGGGCCCCUCACUCAUGGACGAAGUCUUCAGAGCGCUCGAGACCACCCACCUUGACUUUGAUUUCCACGGAGAGAACACUCCCGAGCCCGCCGUUGCGCAGCCAAAGGGCAACGCGAGCCAGCCUCCUUCUCGAGUCACGACGCUGACGGCCCCGAAAAAGAAGCAGGCGACCGUCAAACCCAUCUCAGCCGCGGAGGAGCAGAGGAUCGACACCGCCAUCGCCAUGGCGAAAGAACUGGCCAAUCGGAGCAUGCAAGAAAUGGACGGACCGUCGGAAUCGGACGGCGCUCAAGAUUCGCCGCGGACGCCGAGCUCUCCGUCGAAGCGCAAGUUCUCGUUCAAGUUCAAACAGAGCCCGAAGUUUGAGCGGAGGACGUUCAGCGAGGAGGCGGAGGCCAUACCAGACAUCCAAGACAGCCUCAGCGAAGAAGCGAAGGAAGCUUACAACAGCUUGGUUGAGAAAGGGCAGGGCUUGGAGAAGACGGCAGAGAGCGUGCAGACGGUCAGGCAGGCGGCGGUUGAAGAUCAAGGCGAUGCUGAAGAAGCUACCGAAUUCAACCCGCUCCGCCGACUCCGCAGCGGAGUGGCCAUGCAGCCGAGGGUGCGAGGGAACAGGCACGGAAUUCCGAGCAGUUGCAGGGCCAGCACGCCGCACACCGCCACCGUUGCGAGGCUCGCCGCGAACGCAGCUUCCGCGCCGACGACGUCGCCGCGGAACGGGCUGGGUGCUCCUCCGCCCCCGCCGCCCAAGCCGGUCGUGACGAGCGACGACUGCUCCGUGGGAGGGGACGGGAAUCCCUUGCCCCUUCCUCCGCGAGAUCGUUCUCGCCCUCUACAGCCUCUGAAGCACCACCAGAGGAAACACCCGUUGUUGCUGUUGCCGGGGACGUCGGAGGCGGCGGCCGCGGCUGCGGAGAAGGCGCACAGGGAGAGUGAAGAGGCGUCGGUGAGCCCGGUGAGCAGCGAAGGAAGCUUGACAUCAACGGUCAACACCGUCACCACGUCGAAUCGAACGUGUGACCAGACUACAGACUUCGCGGGAAGUAGGGAAGAAAGGGUUCCUCCUCCGAAGCCUGCAAGGUCUGUCUGCAGCAGCCACGACGACUCUUUCGAAAACCAAAUUCAAGCGGAGAUCGACAGCCUGGAUAAUAUUCCAAACCUUGAUGCUCACUCCCCACCAACGAUAUACAAAAACAGCGACCACGUGAGCUGUGAGGACCUGCUCGAGUUUGCCAUGGAUAGACCCAAUGCAAAGAGAACACAAGGGCGUGCCUGUGGGAUUGACUCAGAUGAGGUCAGGAUUAUGCAGAAGGUGUUAGUCAAGGAGCAAGUAACACCUGAAGAGUGCUUAGUUGCCUUAAAUGAAGUCGAAUGGGACGUUCACAAAGCCAUCAAGUGGCUCAGGCUGCAGAGGCAGCUGGGACAGCGCCUGGCCUCAUCAGAGAACAGCACGCAAGCCCUCAUACGAAGCAACUGGAAUGUGCAACAGGCUGCAAACUACCUCAUGACAGUGCACAACACUAUUGACGACACAACUGAAGUUUGAUUUUCAGCCAGUUGUUCGGGCAUGUGCAGAUUCGAGGGUUGUUUUCCCAAGUGCGUGUCAUGUUUUACUGGCUGCACCACUGAACCCAAGACACUGCAGCAUGAUAUCCGCACUUGAACCUCACCCCUCGUUGUGUUGUGUCAUUAGUGUAGUUAUGUGUGUCUAUUUUAGGUUGAAUUUAUGAAAGGCAUUCACACAAUGUUGAAGGGCAUGCCGCGGUUUCGCUGAAAAUAGACGUGUGCAGUUUCCGAAAUGUUGCACACGGUCGUUGUAGUAUAGAGCCAACUCUUAGCCAUUAGAAUUUGCAACUAACUUCAUUAAGUUUUUCAUAGUUUACAAUCUUUUAAUGAAAUAUCCAAAAUUGUUCCGAUCUGUACGCAGACGAGCGGGUUUAUACUUUCAACAUUGCACUUGAUCUGCUUUUUUGUUGUUAUUAUUAUUAUUAUUUUCAAUGCUCACUAUUGAAUGCUCAGAGAACCCCAUAGUUAAAGAUAUCUGUCGCUGGUCCGAUAACGUAUACAACACUGUAUCAAAGUAUCACUCACAGUUGAAUGUUACUUAGAGUAUGCUAGCAAUCAUGCUGAGGUCAGGUGUGGGGAUGUAGCUGAAGCCCUCUGGACAGGCCUGGUAGAAAAUCAAAGCGCCAGUAGCCGAUGCAACAAGAGCAUUGCCCGGUGUUUUGUGCUGUGUGCUGCAAGCAUUGUUAAGGAGGAAGGACAGGAGGAAGUGACACAGUGUCACCCCCUUUUUCUUCUAUACCUUACUGCACUUGGUAGGUAUGUUAGCUACCUAGGUAUGUAUCAUAUCAAUUAUACUUGCUGGGGUACGUAAGGAAUUUAGCAGCACUGCUUCGCAAAACUCUGCUAAACGUCAUCUCAAAAACAAUUAUUUUUUUAUUUUUUUCUGGCUAGCAAAUUAGAGCUACGGAAUUACAAUGCAGAUACGCUGUGGACGGCUUAGCUGUGUAAAUAUAUUUAUCGAGGAGCCACGUGGUGUGUGCUUGUAUGGUCCACAACAUUCAGAUGUUUCACAUACGUUUUUGAAGACUCCAUUGCUUCUGCUUAUCUAGUACUACUGCCUGUAGCUUUACAAUACUGCCACAAUGCUGUUUGUGAGUCAUUUAUUGAUCCCCCUGCCCUUGUGAACAUUUGCAUUAGAUAAGUAGUAUCUCAGUCAUCUUUGUUUUUUGCUUAGGAAGAGGAAGCGUUUGCAUUUUGUCCCUUUGCAGUGUUCGCAAUUCUAAUUUCGGGUCAUACAUACUGAUUGUUAUGUGCAUAUACAUAUAAUUACGCAUUCGUAGGGUGCCAAACAUAUACCAGAACACUUACAUGUCGGAGUAUAUAUUUGUUUUUCGAGGUUAUUUUGCGUCUAGGGGAGUGUAUUUGGAAAUGUCAGCGAAUAUCAGUCUGUAGCGUGUCGGAAACAACGCUGUGGCUCCUUGAGGAUGUCCCACCUGAAGUUUCCGCGUUUGGCAUCAAAAUCUACGCUUUUGUACAGGGCAAGGCGUUGUGGUACGGUGGAAAAUAAGAUCUGCAGUAGAACGAUAGUUUAAUUUUUAAAUGUUGCGUUCACGUUUUAGUAAAACUUUUAGUUGGUUACCACUAAUGCAAUUAUUUCCUGUUGAAUACUGUGAAUGUUUUCCUGUUAGUAAUGUUUACCUUCUUUGCUUCAGGCAUGAAGCUUUAAUCUUUUAUAUAUAUAUAUACCGUUUCUUUCUCAAAAUAAAUGAUACAGCAUAAGUGC